GUGGCUCACUGUUCGCUGCACAAUGACUCAAUGAAAAGUGGAGGGGAGAGGCAAGUGCACUGUAUAGCUGCAAGAGAGAGAGAAAGCACAGAGAACACACAGGGGAGCAGAAGAAAAGAAACCAAUUGGAGGAGCUGGAAAGCUGGGGACAAGUAGAAGAAGAGAAUACACUUGUCCUUUUCCCCCUCUCUUUAUCUUUCGGAGAUUCCACUCUGGGAUCAAGUGGCAAUUGAACUUCGGCCAGGCGUGCUGAAAACAUUCUCCUGCUCUUUCUGUCCACUUUCCAAAGACAGUAUAAGUGUUGGUGUGGGGACAGGGAGAGGGGAUCAGAUCUUUCGGCUGAUAAACCUGGAGUGUCGUGGAGGAUGCCAGCAGGGGGAAGAAAGGAUGGAGUCGGGUCAGCAGGCUGUGGGAGGAUGGCAGUGGCAGUCGUCCCGGGUCUGUGGACAAUGCUGGCGUGGGCUGUCCUGGCGCUCCUGGUGGGUCAGGGAGGUGCCGAAGCCUGCCCCGCUCCCUGCAGCUGCCUGGGGACCACGGUGGACUGCCACGGCCGGGGAAUCCACUCUGUUCCCAAAAACAUCCCCAGAGGGACUGAGAGGCUUGAUCUGAACGAGAACAACCUGACAGUCAUAAUCAAGACAGAUUUUUCUGGUCUUAAACACCUCAGAGUUCUUCACCUGAUGGAGAACCAGAUCAGUAACAUUGAAAGAGGAGCCUUUGAUGAGCUGAAGGAGCUGGAAAGACUCUCUCUGUGUUUUUGUUCCUACAGCCGUCUUAACAGAAAUCGUCUCAGCCAGCUUCCAGAGCUGCUCUUUCAGAAGAAUGAAGGUCUGUCUCGACUGGAUCUUAGUGAAAACGCCAUACAGGCCAUCCCAAGGCGAGCUUUUAGAGGAGCCACAGACCUCAAAAACCUUCAGCUGGAUAAAAACCACAUCAGCUGUAUUGAGGAGGGAGCGUUCAGAGCGCUGCGAUCCUUGGAAGUGCUCACGCUGAACAACAACAACAUCAGCAGCAUCCCAGUCUCCAGUUUCAACCACAUGCCAAAACUGCGUACCUUCCGUCUCCACUCUAACGCUUUGCGCUGUGACUGUCACCUGGCCUGGCUGUCUCCAUGGCUGAGGCAGCGGUCUGCCUUGGGCCUCUACACCCAGUGCAGUUCCCCCCCGGCACUGCGGGGCCUCAACCUAGCAGAGCUGCGUAAAAGUGACUUUGCCUGCUCAGGCCACAGCGGCAGCGCCUUCGUUCAGCCGUGCAGUUUGGCGUCCGGGUCCUGUCCUCCGAUGUGUUCCUGUAGCAACAACAUCGUCAACUGUCGAGGGAGGGGCCUCACCGCCAUACCUGCCCACCUGCCAGAGGCCAUGACUGAGAUUCGUCUGGAGCAGAAUGGCAUCAAGUCAGUUCCUCCAGGGGCUUUCUCCUCCUACAAGAAGCUUCGCCGAAUAGACUUAAGCAACAAUCAGAUAUCUGAGAUGGCGCCUGACGCGUUUCACGGCCUCCGAGCUCUCAACUCAUUGGUUCUGUAUGGAAAUAAAAUCACUGAGCUACCCAGUGGAGUAUUUGAUGGCCUGGUUUCUCUGGAGCUGCUAUUGCUGAAUGCAAAUAAAAUCACCUGUAUCCGUGCCACAGCAUUUAAAGACCUGGAAAACUUGGCCCUUCUAUCUCUAUAUGACAACAAGAUCCAGAGUCUGGCAAAGGGAACCUUCAGCUCGCUGCACAGCAUUCAGACACUCCACCUGGCCCAGAACCCUUUUGUUUGUGACUGUCAUGUGAAGUGGCUGGCUGACUUCUUGAGUUCCAACCCCAUAGAGACCAGUGGAGCUCGCUGCGCCAGCCCUCGCCGCCUCGCCAACAAACGCAUCGCUCAGAUCAAAAGCCACAAGUUCAGAUGCUCCUCCAAGGAACAGUACCACAUCCCAGGUACUGAAGACAGACGCCAGAGCUACGAGUGCAACAGUAAGCCUGUAUGUCCUGCUAAAUGUCGCUGUGAGGCCAAUGUGGUGGACUGCUCCAAUCUACGCCUCACCAAGUUUCCCGAACACCUGCCGCCCUCCACUGAAGAGCUGCGUCUUAACAACAAUGACCUGUCCAUACUAGAAGCCACCAGAGCCUUCAAGGGUCUAUCACAUCUAAAGAAAAUUAACCUGAGCAACAACAAGAUUUCAGAGAUUGAGGACGGUGCAUUUGAGGGCGCAUCAUCAGUGGUGGAGCUUCACCUCACAGCCAACCACCUGGAAUCUGUGCGAGGGAGUAUGUUUAAAGGCAUGGAGGGGCUGCGCAUGCUGAUGCUGAGGAACAACAGGAUUAGCUGCAUCCAUAACAGCAGCUUCACAGGCUUGACCAACGUCAGGCUGCUCUCUCUCUAUGACAACCAGCUUACCACCAUCCUACCUGGGGCCUUUGACACACUGCCCAACCUGUCCACACUAAACCUGCUGGCCAAUCCCUUUAACUGUGACUGCCACCUGUCCUGGUUCGGGGCAUGGCUCAGAAGCCGCCGGAUCGUCACAGGGAAUCCUCGCUGUCAGAGCCCCGCUUUUCUUCGAGGGAUUCCCCUGCAGGAUGUAGCUGUGCCUGAUUUCCGCUGCGAGGAUGGGUCGGUGCUGGAGGACAGGAGCUGUGGGUCAGGGCCUCAGUGUCCCAGUCAGUGUUCCUGCAUGGACACAGUGGUUCGCUGCAGCAACAAACACCUGCAGGCUCUGCCCAGAGGACUACCCCGUAACAUCACAGAACUGUACCUGGAUGGAAACCAGUUCACCGGUGUUCCUAAGGAGUUAGCCACCCUCAAGUACCUGCAGCUUGUAGAUCUGAGCAACAACAAAAUCAGCUCGCUGUCCAACGACUCCUUCUCCAAUAUGAGUCAGCUCACAACUCUGAUCCUCAGUUACAACUCCUUACGAUGUAUCCCUCCGCUGGCUCUGGCAGGCUUGCAUUCCUUGAGACUGCUCUCUCUCCAUGGCAACGACAUCUCGGAGCUGCAGCAAGGAAUCUUCAGCGACCUGGCCUCCCUGUCUCACCUAGCAAUCGGAGCCAACCCUCUGUACUGUGACUGCCGACUGCUCUGGCUGUCAGACUGGGUGAAGAGCGGCUAUAAGGAGCCUGGUAUCGCCCGCUGUGCCAGCCCCCGGGGAAUGGAGGGCAAGCUGCUGCUCACCACACCUGCUGACAACUUCCAGUGUCUGGGCCCGGUGGACCUGUCUGUUCAGGCCAAAUGCAGUCCAUGUGUGUCCUCCCCUUGCCAGAACCAGGGAACCUGCGAGGUCCACCAAACCCGACAGUACACCUGUGCCUGCAAGACCGGCUUUACGGGUAAACACUGUGAGACCCCAGUUGAUGCUUGUGUCAGCAACCCCUGCACCAACGGAGGAACCUGCCUAAGAGAGGAGCAGACAGGAGGCUUCAGCUGUGCAUGUACAUUCGGUUUCCACGGAACCUUUUGUGAGGUCAACGUGGACGACUGCGAGGAUCACGGAUGUGACAACGGGGCCACCUGUGUCGAUGGAGUGGGCAACUACACUUGCGUGUGUCCUCCUAACUACAGAGGUCUGUUUUGUGAAGAGGAGGACGAUGUUUGCUCACCAGGUAGAAAUCCCUGUCAGCAUCAAUCCACCUGUAUCAGCAGUCCUACAGGCCCCAGGUGCGUGUGUAUCCCAGGUUGGGUGGGACCGAACUGCAGUAUAAACUACAAUGAGUGUGUGGAUCACCACUGUCAGAACGGAGCUCAGUGUGUCGACCAUCUGGAUGGCUACAGCUGUGUCUGCCCACAGGGAUUCAGUGGUGAAUUUUGUGAGGCGACAGAUCUACAGCAGACACCCUGCCAGCUGGCCAAGUGUCUGAAUGGCGCCCCCUGUGACGACAAGUUGGGGACUGCAAUCUGUCAGUGUCUGCCAGGCUUUGAGGGCCAGAGAUGCGAGAAGCUGGUCAGCGUCAACUUUGUUGACAGAGACUCUUAUGUCCAACUUCAAGAUGUGAAAAACUGGCCUCAGUCAAAUAUCACAUUGCAGGUGUCAACUGCAGAAGAUAAUGGCAUCUUGCUCUAUAAUGGAGACCAUGAGCCAUUUGCUGUAGAGCUCCAUCAGGGUCAUGUAAGGGUCACCUAUGAUCCAGGGAACCAGCCUGCCACUGCUAUUUACAGUGCUGAGACAGUAAAUGAUGGGCUUUUCCAUACGGUUGAGCUGGUGACCUUUAAUCAAAUGGUGAACUUGUCUGUGGAUGGAGGAGAGCCAACAACUCUGGACAGUCAGGGCCGCGGCCAACUGGUGACUGGAGAGACACCUCUGUAUGUAGGAGGUAUGCCAGAGGAGAUCAUACCAACUUCUCGAGGACUCUCCUCCCAGACCCUCAACACGUCCAGUUUCCAUGGAUGCAUCAGGAAGCUCUACAUAAACCAUGAGCUGCAAGAUUUUACCCGCAGCCAAAUGAAGCCGGGGGUGGUACCUGGCUGUCAACCCUGCCGCAGACUUUACUGCCUGCAUGGCAUAUGCCAACCCAACAGUGCACAGGGCCCCCAGUGUCACUGCCACCCAGGUUGGACAGGACAACACUGUGACCAGCCAAUCACUGUGGGCCUUAGUAGAAUGGAUGUUGUCACCAUGGCAAAUGGUAUCAACCCAUGUGAGGGCAACAAGUGUGUGAAGGGUGAGUGCAUGGUUUUGGAUGCUCAAACCUAUCGCUGUGAAUGCGAAAAGGGAUAUAGAGGAGCACUGUGUAACCUCCAGGAGGAGCCAGUAGGUCUAUGCCAGAGGCUGCAGUGUCAACAUGGUCAGUGUAAAAAGACAGAGGAUGGAGAGAGCUGCAUCUGCGAGCAGGGCUAUACCGGAGACAGCUGCAAUAUAGAGACCCCAUGUAGAGGUGAGCCAGUCAGAGACUACCACCGGCUGCAGCGUGGCUCUGCUUUCUGCCAGACAUCAAAACCUUUCUCCUGGGUUGAGUGUAAGGGGAACUGCCAAGCUGAAACCGAGCGGGGGGUCGCUGCCACCUCCUGCUGCUCCCCUCUGAGGGUCCGGCGGCGGCGGCUUACCUUCGAAUGUGACGAUGGGACCUCGUUUACGCAGGAUGUGGAAAAGCCUGUGGAAUGUGGCUGCAAGGAGUGUGUGUAGUACUGUGGAAGGGAAGGUGCACACACACCCACAUGUAGAUGCACACAGUUUGAAAUCCAAUAUCAAAACCCAGCUCCAGAGGUACAUUUUGUGUGUUUGUUUUUUUUCAUGUAUUUGCACACAGAGGCAAUUUUGUAACAUAAGACAUUUCCUCAUCAACAAGUCAACCUCAUCCUCAUGCUCCUCUUCCUCGCCUGCAGUAGCAGAACCUGUGUUCUAACUCCCUAUGUCACACAUUAGUAAUACAUGUAUGUGUGAGAGAUAAAGUCCUGCUCUCCAUUCAGCAAACGCAGACUUGAUUAGAUUGGUUUGUAUCACAGGUGUCAAGGAAACUUUGGUCGUUUACCAGUCUCUUCUGUAUCCUCUGCACAAUUUAUCUGCAGCGUGGCUGUACCAUCAAGUGUCCAGCUUGUUAUCCUUCAAGAUGUGAGUGAAUGUGCUAAUCAGCAGUGGAAUUUGUGAGAUUUUACACGUCUUAAAAAGGUGCAGAUGACUUUGUGUAACGCUGAAAUUUAAUUCCUGACAUCUGUCUAACAUUAUUUGAUGAAAUGAAUAAACAGUCAAACGUGCUGUGAGCAAAAUCGGACGUGUUACCUGGAGACGCUUCCAGCAUCUGUCUUCUGCACCAAACAUGUUCUUUCUUCACUCUUUCGUCUAUGAAGCAUUAUGUGAAGCUAUAGUGGUGUAAAAACGUUGUCACACUCACCCUGUUAUUCUAAGCCAGUGUGUUCUGCACUGAGCCAGUUGGUCUGGCUGAUUCAGGAAGGAUGCCGAUCGGAGUCCAGUUUCUGAAUAGAAGUGUCAAGAGAUCAACCUCCCAGGGGAGAAACAUAAAACCAAGCUCAAAUAAAUGCACAGAUUUCUUUAAAUGGUCUACCUUACAGUAUAUAUACUGUUUCUGUGUUCAUAAAUAUUUUGUCCUUGCAUGACAGAAAUAAAUUCUUAAAUCACACAACUCAAUAAAUGAUCCAUACCAUAACACCUUCAAGUUCAUAGCCAAGAUCGUAUUGGUCAUAUUCUGACCUUGAGGCUUCUGAGUGUUGCUUCACAAGAUGGUGACUACAUCCACCUUAAUUGUACAGUCACUGGUUUAGCAUCAGGAUUCUGCUGCUUGACUGUCCCCCUCCCCCCGUUACUUUCUAAAGUCCUAGGUUAGAUCUUUUAUAAGGGAAAGAGUUAUACAAAUACAGUUUUUCUCUCAAACACAGAGUAUAUUGCUCAAUACCAGAUUGUUUGUGUAACGGCAUAAAUAAGUGUUCAUUCAAUCACUCCUGACAAUGGCUAUUCUUUAUCAGGGCCCAUUAAAGGUUUGGGUUCUGAAGGUAGUGCUGACUGAUUGAAGCUGAUUUCACUUUAACAACCAUAAUAUCAGAACGCGUUCCAACAAUUUUUUUUUUCCAGCCCUACUGCUGUGAACAUCAAUUAUUUAUAUUAGAAGCAAAAGCAAAGUCAGGGCUCCUGUAUAAGAGAGCGGCUGCUAUAAAACAGGGUGUUACUAGUACUUUUUAAUCGAAAACUAAAUUACUAAAUUGUACUUUCAUUACUAUCUAAUCUUACUGAUUAGAACAGCUAGCAAGGUUACUAAAAAAGCAGUCUAUAUAUGUUCCCAGCAGAAUGGAUCAUUAUCUUUACGCUGUUAUUUCCAAAACACUGCCAACAUUUCCAAAUCCAACUUGUGCCAUGACACAGGAAGGUUUAAAGGUCCAACAGAUAAAAUCAAGCAACUAUCCCAUAAUAAUCCCUUCAACCUUCCUGUUAUCAACUGAAAGUCUUGCUCUUUCUCACUCUCUCACAGCACUUAUAUAUGAGGCGUGAGUUUUGGUUCAGGGCCAGUUAAGCUAAAACUGGGCCCAUUCUUUGUGCAUCUCUAGUUUACCCACAGUAAUAUCAAACUAGAACAUGAUCCGAGAUUUUCAAAUAAUCAAAAGUAUUUUAGUGUGAAUUAAACUGUGAAAUAUUUACCUAAACGUGAAACUUUUUCGUUCUGCUGCUGUUUAUGCUCCUAGGGUUUUAGCUUUUAACUUGUACAAGGUGAGACAGUUUCUUUCUUCUUUUUGGGUCUGCUGACAAUAAAUCAGACUGAUUGCAAAUUAGUUAUCAUAUUCUCAACAACCCCCAGUUCUGAUGAAAACAAGUAUUUCUAGGGUGUUUGUGUAGGUAGACCUGACCUCCCUAUGGUAAAAGAGUUUGCUGGAUGUCAGCAAAGUGUAUAACCAUCUGCAGCUGUCAGCUUAUCAGUAGAUCAUUAUAUAUUAAUGAAACAACACCAGCUCUGACAGGCAGCUGCCAUUUUGUUUCCCCUUGUCUCUUUUGACAUGAGCCAGUGCUGAAGGUUAAAGAUGACAGAGUUCACCGGGAAGCGGUCACAACGCUUCGCUCCCCACACUUUAGAUGAGCUGAAGGGAAAAACCAGCACCUUUAGUGGCUUGUUGGGUUCUUCUGUUUAAAUGGUUCUUGAGCUUCCAGCUUAGGAACAAACGAUACAUUUGUUUUCAAAAACAGAGCAAACCCUGUGAGGAAACCGGUUUUUGGUGAUCUAAAAAAAUUAGACCAUGAUGAAUACUUUUCAAACAUUCUGCAAAGAUUAUGUGACAUAUGUUCUGUGCAAAUCCGUUGUUAAACAGACUUGUUAGAUGACCAAAAAAAUAAAAGCUGCAAGAACGUGGUUGCAUAGGUUUAUGACACUUUUUACAUCACAAAAACCUGGCCUGUUAACAGUGAUGUGUAGACCUCACACACCUCUGUGUAAGGCUCUGUAACAUGAUCGAAACACUGUUUAAACCAAAGAAUGACUAAAUGCCCUAAACUGAAAUUGUUAAGAUUUCUAGUCUUUUGAUUUUUGUUUUCUGAUCAAUUGACAACAGAGCCUGAAGACGUCAGUGAUCUAUUGUUUAUUGUGUGUGUUUUUCCAUUCUUAAAGCUGGUAAUAUAGAUGGAUUGGAAAAUAAACUAAAAUGCCGUCAAAUAAUCACUUUAUUUUGCACCCUCUCUAUUAUAACCUUCAUUGGACUAAUUGUUCUGUUAUUUUGGUGUCAGCGGCUCUUUUAGAAGGGACUUAAUACUCAACACUUUACUGUUACACAUAUUCUGUUAAAGAAUAUUUGCCUUUUUAUUUUUUAAUCACAACAGUACAGUAAUAUUUAAUGACUGAUACUAUCUCUCACAAAACUUAGAUAAAUUCCCUUGCAGGUGAUUUUUUAUUGAAGGAUAAAAAAAAAAUUAAAUGGUAGAUGUGGUGAAGAAUAAACUCUAUGCAAUUUUAUCUUAUGUUGCAUUUUUAUUCUAGUGAUGGUCCCCAUUCCUCUUCUAUGUAAUGUACCGCCAGUCAGAUUAAUACGCCAGUCAGAUUAAUACUCCAGUCAGAUUAAUACUCCAGGGAAACAGAAUAUCAUUGUUUCCUAAAGAGAUGUUCCUGAAAACUCUGAUCAGCCAAAAAAUAUUAUCUAGUAUUAUUUCAAACACGUAAUUAGAAGGUGUCAUCAUGGCUACAGAUAACUAACUUACUUGUGAGUCUAUCUAAACAGUUUUUUAUAACGCGUUUUCCUCCACUACUCAGAUCAAAAGCUGGAUUCUCUUCAUGCUUCAGUGGAACAUUUUGCUACUUCAGUGAAAGCGACGUUCAUUUUUUUUACCAAGAAUGCUAGAAAUGUUUCCGUAUCCAAAGGAGAAAAACAGCACAACAAUCGUGAGUCCUGAUGAAUGUAGAAGAAUAUUCUCACAAGUGUGGAAAAACUUCAAAACCUUCCUGUCUGUGUGUGAUUCAAACUACAUGCAGCUCUUCUUUAUGAGCGUCACUGUAAACCACUGUGUUGUCUUUUUCUCUCCAGUGUAUGAGCAAAGCCUGUGAAUAAUCCUAGCAAUGCCGCAUUAAACUGUAGCUUUUAUAUAUGUAAUGUCAAGGUAUGUGUAUAGAUGUCAAACUGAAAAGAAAGAAAUAAUUAAUCUGAAGGUUUAACUUGUUUUUUUUAAUCUACUUAUCAUGAACUGAAAUCAAACUAAUGUUUGUAUAUGUAAGGUAUAUGUAGUACUACUACAUAAAGUAAUGCCCUAACAGAUUGUGUUGUUAUAUGCUUAGGAUGGUUUUGUCAUUUGGUUUUUAUAUGUUGAAGGAAAUGUGAGUGGCAUCUGUACCCUAACCCUGGGAUUCUGACCCCACAGAGAGAGCAGGAGCUACGAUGUUUGUGUGUGUAGUCUCCUCUGAUUGGGAGGCCACAGUUACUGUUUCAUAUUUAUUUAAAUAAAGAGUUGCUUAUC